GUGGCUGGGCGCUCGGCGAGCGAGGGACAAGUGCUGCGGAAAGGGUGCAGAGGGCAGCUCGGCCUCCUGCGGGGCUCCUCCCUGGCGCGGCUCGCGUCCCUCAACCCCGAGCCCUGGCAGUCCCGUGUGCCUCUUGGGCUGCUCGACCUGAGUCCAGCUGGAGGCCACGCUGGCCCGGGGCAGCCGGCGCCCACCUUCCUGCCCGCUCUGUAUCUUUCCCGGAGCGCAAGCUGGACGUGAGCUGACAUAACAGGCUUCAGGUCCUUCUCCCAGGCAUUUAUUCUGCACGUGAUCAUUCGUGCCAGCACUGCUAGCAGCCUCUAGGUGCAAGCUCUGUGUUAGGUGUAAACGAAUGCUGCUCUUUUUUAUUGAGCCAUUUUAUUUAGUAGUCCUGUCUUCGCCAUCCCUGAUCUCUCCUAUAUAGAACUUAAGGCUAAGUCAGCACCAGGAAUUAUUUUAAUGGCAUUCCACUCUAAAGUGUAUUGAGUGACAGUAAUCCGUGUCUUCUCUGGUUAUAUAAAAUUUUGUAAGUUAGUAAAAACUAAUUUUGUUCCAUUGCUUUUCUUCAUUUCUGAAGUUAAACUGUGAGUUUAGAGUGGUGGUUCCCAAUCUUUUCCCCGCUUACCAGCUUUUUCCUAUGAAUGCCAGGAUUCCUUUUUCUCUAAACAGUGCCUGAAUUUCUCCUUCCCAGCUGGCCCCACAAUUGUUAUUCCUUAAUGUGCUGGGUUUUUAAUUCAUAACUAGUGUCUUUUUGGGUUAUUUCCGGGCAAGAAAUUUCCUUCGGCCACACGGCCCUGGGCGGCCUUCUCCAGAAACUCGCGUUUGAAAGAAGAAAGCCCAUCAGGUGUUGAGGGGGCUAAAAAACCUUCUUUAAGAAAUGGACUUAUGUGGUGAAAAUGAAACACAUGUAUGGGAAUUAAAUGCUCCAGUGAUUCUUGAACUUUGAUGUGCAUCUAAAUCACCUGGAGAACUUGUCAAAACAGAUUUCUGGGGCCCACCUCAGAGUGUCUGACUGGGGAAGUCUGGGGCGAGGUCUGGAGCCAGAACUUGAGAACCUGGGUUUUUCGUGAGUUCCCAGGCGAUGCUGCUGCUGUAGGUCCUGGGACCAGAGUUUGGGAACUGACAACACCAACCUGUGGAUGGUGAUUACGUCCUGGGAGGGGGCAGUGUAAGUAAGUCCCUUGGGAGGGGUCCACAGGGCUUCAACUAUGUGUGUGAUAUUUCAUAUCUGUAAAAAAAAGGUCUUUUAAAAAUGCGAUGCAGUGUUACCUGACAAAGCUGAGCGGAUGUCCUAUUUUUUAGUUUUCUCUGUGCUUGAAGUAUUUCAGGAAAAAAAAAGGCCCGGCUUGCUGUGCGGAGAAUGGGUCAGAAAAGAGAAAGUGGGAGAUGGUGUAGGAAACUGUUGCAGAAGCCCAGAGUACUUUCUAACCAGUGCCCGGGGCCAACCCAAACACGGACUGACCCAGGUGUCUAGAUGGAGACCUGAACCGGCAGAAGGAGGACGUACCUGGGAGGAAGUUGCCCAGGACACCGGCAUGGAAAAGAGGCCCCAGGAUGGCAGGAAAGGCGCCCCCGCCAGAGAAGUGUCCCCCGUCCUGGGGCUGCUGCUGGCCAUGGCCCUCAUGAACGUGCUCCUUUACCUCUGCCUGGACCGGCUUUUCGUCUCCCCUCGGCGUGCUGCUGCGGGCCCCGGUCACUGUCCCUACGGCUCCUUCAGAAUGGGACCGAUGAAGACCUGCUCCCCGUGGCUGUCCUGCCAGGAGCUGGGGACAGAAGUGAGGCAGCUGAAGCGCGUGGGGGAGGGAGCCGUGAAGAGGGUCUUUCUGUCGGAGUGGAAGGAACGCAAAGUCGCUCUCUCACGGCUCACCGGUCCGGAGAUGAAGGAUGACUUCCUCCACGGACUGCAGAUGCUGAAGUCUCUGCAGAGUAAACACGUUGUCACGCUGCUGGGCUUCUGCGAGGAUGACAACACCAUUCUUACUGAGUAUCACCCCUUAGGAUCCUUGGGCCGCCUGGAAGAAACGUUAAACCUUUCCAGGUACCAACAUGUGAACACCUGGCAGCAGAGGCUGCAGCUGGCCAUGGAUUACGUCGGCAUCAUCAACUACCUGCACCACAGCCCCCUGGGCACGCUGGUCAUGUGCGACUCCAACGACCUGCCCAAGACGCUGUCCCAGUACCUGCUGACUAGUAACUUCAGCAUCGUGGUGAACGACCUGGAUGCCUUGCCCCUGGUGAACCGCAGCGCGGGGACGUUUGUGAAGUGCGGCCACAGGGAGCUCCGUGGGGAUUUCGUGGCUCCGGAGCAGCUGUGGCCCUAUGGAGAGGACACGCCUUUUCAGGAUCAUCUCAUGCCCCCGUAUGACGAGAAGACUGACAUCUGGAAGAUCCCAGAUGUCUCCAGUUUCCUUUUGGGGCAGGUCGAGGGGAGUGAUAUGGUCCGAUUCCAUCUGUUCGAUAUUCACAAGGCCUGUAAGAGCCAGGCUCCUGCAGAGAGACCCACGGCUCAGGACAUCCUGGACACUUACCAGAAGGUGUUAGAUUCACUGAGAGAUACGGUGAUGUCUCAGACGAGAGAAAUGCUCUAAAAACGAGCGCAGUCAGUGAAGGGAUUUAAGGAACACGUGGAGCAGUGACAGCAGUGCUGCUCUGACAGUGAGCUCGCGGAUGCGUAGCCCCGGGGCUCUUCCUCUGCACCCACGUGCACACGAGUGUCCUGUCCCUCCUCGGCCACCUGGGCGGCACUUGCUAAGCAAGAACAGACCAGGCUUGAGUCUGGGUUUGCUUGUAACAAUAAUUCUUCCCAGGUGAAGAUGCAGAGAAGCAGCGAAUCUAAACCGUAUCUGAAGGAAGUAACAAAAAUGUAGGUACAAAGAGGCUUUCCCUAUCCUAAAUAAUUGAGUUUGUAAGCUUGUAAGAAAGGUAGAUAGAGAAGAUUUUUAAAUGGCAAAAUAUGAAAGAAAUAAAGCUCUGGCCAGGUAGCUCACUUGGUUAGAACACUGACCCUGAUACUCCAAGGUUGUGGGUUCAAUCCCAGUCAGGGUACACAUAAGACUCAAGCAAUGAAUGUGUAAAUAAAUGGAACAACAAAUUGAUGUUUCUCUUUCUCUCAAAUCAAUAAAUAAAAAUUAAAAACAUGG